AUGGGGCUUCCUGAUCCCACCAUCGACCUUGACUGGGGCGGCUAUGUUGGCGCCAUCCACGAGAUAUUCCGCAAGAAUGCUUUGAAGAAUCCUGAUGCGCCGUGCGUCACGGAAACAGCCUCCUCCACCACAAAUGAGAGGAGAUUCACCUACAAGCAGAUUUAUGAGGCGUCCAACAUUUUGGCCAACCAGCUUCACGAAGCUGGCAUCACCAAUGGCGAUGUCGUGAUGAUCUUUGCUUCUCGUUGCGUUGAACUCGUCAUCGCCUUCAUGGGAACCCUGGCUGCCGGUGCCACUGUUACCGUCCUGGACCCCGCAUACCCCCCAGCGAGACAACAGAUCUAUCUCGAGGUCUCACAGCCCAAGGCUCUGAUCACGAUUGGCCGAGCCAGGGACGAUCAUGGUGAUUUUGCGCCGCUUGUUCAGAAGUACAUGGACGAGGAACUAUCUCUCAAGAUCCAAGUACCCGAGCUACGGAUGAGCGAUGAUGGCCGCCUUACCGGUGGCGAGAUUGACGGCAAGCAAGUCUUUACCGAUACUGAAAGCAAAGCACAAGCGCCCCCGGAUGUUCUGGUAGGGCCCGACUCAACAAGUAUCUUGAGCUUUACCAGUGGCACAACAUCAAGACCCAAGGGCGUGUUGGGCCGUCAUUACAGCUUAGCCAAGUACUUCCCAUGGAUGGCUAAAACAUUCAACUGGACCUCGGACACAAAGUUCGCUUGUCUGAGUGGUAUAAGCCAUGAUCCUAUUCAGCGAGACAUUUUCAGUCCGCUUUUCAUGGGUGGAGAGCUGAUUUGCCCUGCUCGAGAGAACAUCGCCCACGAAAGGUUGGCUGAGUGGUUCCGUGAUCACAAACCCAACGCGGUCCAUUUGACACCCGCAAUGGGGCAAAUCUUGUGCGGCGGUGCUAAGGCAGAGUUCCCUUCAUUGAAGUGGGUUCUCUACGUUGGUGAUAUUUUGACCAAGAAGGAUUGCGCUUCGCUCCGCAAGCUGGCACCCAACGCGGAGAUCUGUGCUGCCUAUGGUACCACUGAGACGAGCCGCAGCGUGUCGUACUAUCACAUCAAGAGCCGCGCUGAAGAUCCAGAUGCGUUGGAUAGAUUGGGCGACAUUAUUCCUGCUGGAAGGGGCAUUGAGAAUGUCCAGCUUCUCGUAGUCAACCGCGAGGAUCCUACCAAGCUUUGUGGCGUUGGAGAGAGUCCUGCUAACCUUCUGCUGCACGGAUAUCUGGAUGACGAAGAGAAAACCAAGGAGAAGUUCCUCCAGAACUGGUUUGUCGACAACCAGAAAUGGGUUGAUGCCGAUAACAAAGUCGCCGAUCACGCUAAAGAGCCCUGGAGAAAGUACUACAAGGGCCCUCGAGACAGAAUCUACAGGAGCGGCGACUUGGGGUACUUCUUGGACGACUCCGGUAACGCUGCCAUUAUAGGCAGAGCUGAUGAUCAAGUUAAAAUUCGUGGCUUCCGAAUUGAGCUUUCUGAGAUCGACAGCAACUUGAGGGGACACGCCAUCGUUCGCGAGUGCAAAACGCUGCUUCGAAGAGACCGGAACGAAGAGCCAACAUUGGUCAGCUACAUUGUGCCUGAACAGCAAGAAUGGCUCAAAUGGCUGGCAGAGCGCAACCUGGACGACACCAAGGACGAAGGCACUCAGAUCGGACCCGUCUUCGUAUAUUCCAAGCGCUACCGGCCGUUGCAGACAGAGAUUCGUGAUCAUCUCAAAUCUCGAUUGCCAGUUCAGGCCAUCCCGACUUAUUUUAUCUUCUUGGACAAGAUGCCUUUGAACCCGAACGGCAAGAUUGACAGCCCAAACCUACCGUUCCCGGACGCGGCCCUGAUCUCGCAAGAGACUUCAGAGGAGGAUCUGAAGAGAUGGGAAACGCUUAGCAGCACCGAAAAGGAACUGGCGGAGCAGUGGGCAACGCUGAUCAGUGGUCUGAAUGCGAGAACUUUGCAGCCUGAGUCAGAUUUCUUUGAAAGUGGUGGGCACAGUCUGCUGGCCCAGCAGCUCCUUCUCAAUAUCCGCAAGCAACUUGGGGUCAACAUGACCAUCAGCUCGCUGUACUCGAACUCAUCCCUCGGGGCUCUCAGCAAACAGAUUGACCGCCAGCGUGACGGCAAGAACGUUUCGGACGCGACGGAGGAAACCGAAGCUGCAUAUGCCGAGUCACUCGACAAGCUGCUCGGUAGUCUCGAUGCUAAGUACCAGACAGCGGACGCCGCAGCACUCUCGCCGCAAGGCAAGACAACCGUGUUUGUCACCGGCGCCACAGGCUUCUUGGGCUCCUACAUUGUUAAGGACCUGCUCGCGCGUGAGAGUAUAAAUGUGAUCGCCCAUGUCCGUGGAACAAAGAGCGUCGCGGCUGCCCUCGAGCGGCUUCAGAGGUCACUUCGCGGAUACGGCGUAUGGCAGGAUUCUUGGGCUGCUAGGCUUAGCGCAGUCAUCGGUGACCUGGCCCAGCCGCGUCUUGGACUCGAUGACGAUACGUGGAAUAUGCUUGGCGACACUGUCGAUGUGAUUAUCCAUAAUGGUGCCCUCGUUCACUGGGUAAAGCAGUAUGAGCAUCUCGAGCGCAGUAAUGUUCUGUCAACACUCGAUGCCCUGCGGCUGUGUAACCAGGGAAAGCCUAAGCUCUUCUCAUUCAUCAGCUCGACAAGCGUUCUGGAUACGGACCACUAUCUGGAUUUAUCACACGAACAGACCAAGACUGGACAAGGCGCUGUCAUGGAGGCUGAUGACAUGAUGGGCAGUCGCACCGGUCUCGGCACCGGAUACGGCCAGUCCAAAUGGGUCUCUGAACAGCUCGUCCGCGAGGCUGGCAGACGCGGCCUCCUUGGAUCGAUCAUCCGACCUGGCUAUAUCCUUGGAGAUGCUGCUACUGGUGUCUGCAAUACCGACGACUUUCUUCUUCGCAUGCUCAAGGGCUGCAUCCAACUUUCCAGCCGUCCGCAUAUCAUCAACACGAUCAAUGCUGUGCCUGUAGGCCACGUCUCUACCGUGGUUGUCGCAGCUUCCCUGAAUCCUAUCCCGGCUGGAACUGCGAAUAGCGUCCGCAGCAGCAGCGAUGACGUUGGCGUCCAUGUUAUCCAUGUCACUGCCCAUCCUCGCCUACGCAUGAACGAGUAUCUUUCUACCUUGAGCUUUUAUGGCUUUGAUGUUCCCGAGGUGGAUUACGACGACUGGAAGGCCCAACUCGAGACCUUUGUCUCGGCAGGUCCCACCCAGAAAGACGAGCAACAGAGCGCCCUGAUGCCUCUUUUCCACAUGGCAACGAAUGACCUCCCUAAAGACACCCGCGCGCCGGAACUUGACGAUCGCAAUGCUGUCGCUGUUCUCAAGGCCGAUGCGGACCGGUGGACAGGUAUUGACGAGAGUGCGGGAGAUGGCAUUAGUAGGGAAUCGGUUGGCCGUUUCUUGAGAUACCUCGUCGAAACCAAUUUCUUGCCGCGCCCGACUGGACGGGGCAGGGAAUUGCCGGCUAUCAAAGAUGGUGUUGUUGAGGCGCAAGCGAAAUGGGGCGUUGGAGGACGUGGUGGUGCAGCGUGA